UUUUGUGUACAUUCCAACCAUCAGCUUCAUGAUUUUCUCGUUCGCUUUAUAUUAAAGCUAACAGCUCAAUUGAAUUCUAUUCCAACUUUUAGAUUCUGGAUAAGCAUUAGCUUCUGUUAUUGUCUCCAUCAUAAAGUUUUCUUUUCCUCUGUAUCAAAACAAAGCAGCUGCUUCUUUUCUUUACUUUUUCUUGUCAAAAUUCGAAGUUGAUUCCUGUCGUGACUUCAACCGCAUUUUUCAAUAUCAAUCCGUUUAAAUUGGUGAUCUCUUUCAUUUUGAUACUACAAGAAAAUCAAGAUGUUAGACGCAUGGCUGAAAAGCAAGUUCUACGCCAGAUGCAAGGCUAAUAUCAAGCUGACAAAGACUCGAAUCGAGAUGGUAAAGAGGAAGAGAAAUGCAAUGCUGAAAUAUUUGAAGAAUGACGUAGCGGAUCUCCUUAAAACUGGAUUGGAUGUCAACGCCUACAGCAGGGCUGAAGGCCUUCUGGUUGAGCUCAAUCGCUCCCGCUGUUAUGAUCUCUUGGAGCAAUAUUGUGACCACAUCUCAAAUAAUCUUGUAACCAUGUAUAAACAGAGGGAAUGCCCCGAGGAGUGCAGAGAAGCUGUAUCAUCUUUGAUUUUCGCAGCAGCAAGAUUCGCUGACGUGCCAGAAUUACGCCAACUAAGAAGUGUAUUUACUGAGAGAUAUGAAAAUUCCGUUGAAUGUUAUGUCAGUAAAGAGUUUGUUCAAAACUUAAAGUCAGUAGCUAUAAAGGAGAUGAAACUUCAGUUGAUGAAAGAUAUAGCAUCAGAAUCUGGUAUUGAAUGGAAUUCAAAGGCUUUAGAGCAGAAGCUAUAUAAUCCACUUGUAUCAGAACAAGACUGGACCAAAAGUCAGAAUGAUCAGAAGCACAAUAAGAUGGAUGAACCAUCUCAGAAGAAAGAUUAUGAAGCGGCCAAGUUUAAUCGCGAGAACACGAGGCAACUUACAAAUUCUAAGGAUAAACUGGAACAUAAUUCAUUUGGCAGAAAGAUAGUCCCUGAUGAAGAACAUAAGGUGCCUAUGAGAAAGGAGAGUUACCGACGUGAAAGAGACAGCCUUAGCAGAAAAUCUGAUGAUUCACCUCCAGUAAAAGAUAUUGAAGUGGAUAGCACAGGAAUUGAAAGGAAACAAAAUAAACCAGAGAUUGAGAUUGUUCCUGAAGAAGAACCUGAUGACAAGAAGCCAUUCAAUUAUAGGUCAAUUAUCCCUCCUUAUAUCAAAUCAAGACUGAGCUUAACAAAAAACAGUUCGGAUUCCUCUACUACUAGUUCCACUGGAGAAGUAGCCAAUGAAGAAGAAAAUUGCAAGAAUGAUACAGCUGAAAAAGCCAAGGACAAGCCAAGAUCAGCUAGGACAAGGCGUGGCACAAAAGUCACCACUGGUGACGAUAAGGAAAAUGGAGAUGAAGAGGAAAAACUGAUGGAUAGGCUAUUGAUGCACUUCAGCAGGAAAAGGUUCCAAAAGGACAUCAAGAAACCAGAAUCAGUUAAGACACCUACUAAUCAAGCUGGAGUUGACAGUACUAAUGAAGUGUCGAGGCGGAGACGUAUGGGGAAUAGAGCAGCAUCCCUUCCAGUUGAACUGGAACAAACAAGUCCAAGGGAGCUAAAUAAAGGGCACAAUCGAGCAAAUUCAUUUCAACCUGAUAUGUUGGGUCCAAAUAGACAUGUCCAUCCUAAGCUACCUGAUUACGAUGACUUUGUGGCUCGACUGGCAUCUCUCAGAGAAAAAUCAAAAGAAUAAAAAGUUUAGUUAGAUGAACCUAUAUCCCUUCAAUAUGUAGUCCAUCAUAUUAAUAGUUACUGCAUUGGUUGUCAUAUCCUUUGUUUACAUGUUAGGAUUGUUACCUGUAAGCAGUAUAGAAAUAGCUUAUCACUUUCUGUUGUAAAUACACUAGCUGGAUAAAGUUUACCUGUGUAUUGUCCUUAUAUUGAAGUCUUAUGGAUUAUUCGAAUCCCAUAUAUUGAAGUCUUAUUGAUUAUUCAAAA